GUUCUCGAUAUUCCAGGUGCUGACUCUUUCCUGAAUCUCACAUUCUGCCAUCAUGGUUCAGAUCAAGGACUUUGCUGUGGAGCAAUGGAUGGACAAGUACGAAACAACCGCCAAGUACAACGUGGCAGAGACCUGCAGCGCCUCGAUUUCGGUUCGAGACCUCCAGGCGCUGUGCGAGGACCCGGCUUUGAACCCUUUAGACGGCGUCCUGGAUCGCAAGCUCACGUACGGAGAGAUCCGCGGUUCUAAGCAACUACGAUCAACACUGGCCAAUCUGUAUUCUGUGAGGACACCGACUCCAUUGCCUUCAGACAAUAUCCUGGUUACUGCCGGUGCAAUCCAGGCAAAUUUCCUUCUGCUAUAUACGUUGGUCGGGCCCGGGGAUCAUGUUAUCUGCCACUACCCAACCUAUCAGCAGCUCUACUCAGUCCCAGAAUCGCUUGGGGCCGAAGUCAGCCUAUGGAAGUCAAAGGAAGCCGAAGGGUGGAAGUUGGACCUCGAAGAAUUGAAAGGCCUUAUCCGGCCGAAUACCAAGCUUAUCAUCAUCAACAACCCACAGAACCCUACAGGGGCUAUUAUCCCACAGGGUACAUUGGACGAGAUAGUGGAGAUAGCGCGCAGCUCAUCAAUCUAUGUCUUCUGCGACGAAGUCUAUCGCCCCCUCUUCCACUCCAUCAGCCCUAUGGACCCAGACUUCCCCUCGUCAGUCUUGUCGCUUGGCUAUGAGCGCGCUAUUGUCACAGGGUCCUUAUCCAAAGCAUACAGUCUGGCCGGUAUACGCGUAGGAUGGAUUGCAUCCCGCGAUCGAACUGUAAUUGAGGCCUGCGCUUCUUCUCGGGACUAUACCACCAUCUCCGUAUCUCAGCUAGACGACGCGGUCGCGAGCUACGCUCUAGCCCCGACCACCAUCCAUGCACUGCUCAAACGGAAUAUUGAACUUGGCCGAACUAACCUUGGAAUCCUGGAGAAGUUCAUUGAGUCCCAUCGAUGGGCGUGCGACUGGGUUAAGCCCCGAGCGGGAACGACCGCUUUUGUCCGGUUCAAUAAGAUGGGCAAGCCGGUAAACGAUACUGCCUUCUGCGAAAUGCUCCUGGAGCGGACCGGAGUGAUGCUUGUACCUGGAAGCCUGUGCUUUGGCGGCGGAGAGGAUUUUCUGGGCUACGUUCGGAUCGGAUAUGUGUGUGAAACGCAAGUGCUGGAAGAAGGGUUGGCGAAAUUGAAGGCAUUCUUGGAGGAUGAUUACGAAGAAGUGCCCGCAGUAAAAAGGAAGACGCAGUCCUAGGAUUCGAAUA